UCUCCUUUCCCGGAUCAUAUAGUGCAGUAGUCUGCAAAGAAAGUGACCACAGAGGUAGCGCAGCUAUCCAGCCUGUGAGCGGCGGGAUUGCGACCAAACGGACUCAUCGACCGUAACAACUGUUUACAACCGAAAAAAAAGACAUUCAGCGGGAAAGCUCCCAUUAUAGGCAGAUAUCGCGUAACGAGUCAUUGUGGCUGCUACUUUUUUAGAACACUUAGCCUAUAUUGUGCACGGCGGAUAUAUGAAGACGCACUCACUCUCAACACAAGUCAGAGGAAACGGGGAGUGAUUCCCACCCAGCCUGCAGCCCCCAUGCCGGGCAUCAGCUCCACCGCGUCUCAUUAUGAAAACUGGGACAUGGACCACCUCGACCACUACCAACACUAUUUCUACGACGACCACCACAACCCGGACGAGGAUUUCUUCAAAUCCACAGCGCCCAGCGAGGACAUAUGGAAGAAAUUCGAGCUGGUACCGACCCCGCCCAUGUCCCCUAUCCGGACGGUGGAAGGGUCUGGCAGGGUCGGUCUGCUGUACCCGUCUCUAGGAGACAAGCUGGAGUGGGUCUCUCAGUUCUUAGGCCAGGAGGAUGAACAGCACCAGCAGCAGGACCUGCCCUGCAAGCUGACCACGGCCAAUGAAUCCUUCGGGAACCUGAGCUCCAUCAUUAUCCAGGACUGCAUGUGGAGCGGCUUCUCGGCCGGACAGCAACUGGAGAGAGUUGUAGGGGAGCGCUGCACCUCCUGUCCCGGGACAGGCGGGACGGGGGCUGCUGCCAAAGUCGCAACCGGGUCAGCCGUUCCAUCCCCGGGGAGGGCACAGUGUGCCCCCGCCGACGCGUCGGCCCUCAGCGGACUGGCAGCGGACUGUGUGGACCCGGCUGGGGUGCUCCCUUUCCCGUUAACCGGUGGAUGCAAGAAACAAGUGUCCUCUGGUUCAGAGUCUCACACCGACUCAUCAGAUGACGAAGAUGACCAGGAUGAGGAUGAAGAAGAGAUUGAUGUGGUGACGGUUGAGCACAAGCAGCAACGCAAACCUCGUCGCCUGGUCAACGCUCGCAAGCCGGUGACCAUAACGGUGCGCGCUGACACCCUGGACCCCGGCAUGAAGCGUUUCCACAUCUCCAUCCACCAACAGCAGCACAACUAUGCUGCUCCCUCCCCGGACACCAUCCCUCCGACGGUCGAGCCGCCUCGGAAGAAGUUCCGGCAGGAGGCGUCCUCCCAGGCCCCCCAGCCGCACCGGAACUCUCAUUACCACCAGCCCCGGCCCGGCCACGCCCCUCUGAACUUAGACACCAGGAGGUCUCAUGGAACCGUGGCUGGAGCCAGAUCAGAGUCGCCUGACCUCAGCGCUUGCUCUCCUACCUCCUCCACAUCCCCUUCGUCUCCGCCCCCUUCCUCUUCCUCCUCUUCUACCUCCCACUCCCAAAGCUCUCCCUCCAAGCCCCACUCCUUCUGCCACCUCUCCAGCCCCCAGUCCUCCGACUGCGAGGACACAGACAAGCGCAGGGCGCAUAACUUCCUCGAGCGCAAGCGAAGGAACGACCUGCGCUCGCGUUUCCUGUCGCUGCGGGACGAGAUCCCAGGCUUGGCAGACUGCCCCAAGACGCCAAAGGUGGCGAUCCUGACGCGAGCGACGGAGUACUUGCAGCAGCUGCAUGCCAGCGAGAGGCAGAAGGCUCAGGAGAGGAAGCAGCUGAAAUCCAGGCAGCUGCAGCUGCUGCAGAGGCUGGCACUGCUCAAACGCUCCUGAGCCGGGGAGGACGGGGGUGGGCAGUCCCCACACACGUACACUCACAGAACUGAACAGGACUAUAUGAAGGAGAAAAGACACUAACGUUCACUUUGAAUUGGUCAUGUUGGAAUAGUGCGGGUGUUUGUUUUUGUUAUUUUUUCUAUGUUUGUGGUUUGCACAUUAGCUUCUGAGUGAUUGACAAGGCCGUGAGCCAAUGGGGCAUCUUACGCGCAGAUUAAUGACCAUGGUAACUCAUUAUAAGUUUGUCAAAACUGUUACAUUUACCCCUUGUUGAAAAAUGUCCAAAACUGUUGCUUGCCAAGGGAAGACUUGCUGUGAACGCAGCAGCUUCUAGCUGAUAAACUGCUACAAAUGUGCUGUGUACCUGCUGCAUGGUCUGGUCAGACGUUUUUUCUUGAUUGUGGUGCGCUUGCACAGCAGCGAUGUCUCCUUUUUCUGUCCGUCAUCUGUCUAAACGUCUCCUUCACAUUUUGUGUUCUUUAUGGACCUCUGCUCUUUAGCGCUUCGCAUACAACUUGCACAUUUUGUCAUCAAGUUGUGCCUCUUUUCUGCUGUGUUCUUUUCUUUUCUCUUCUUCUCCACAGCAUGUGACGCUCUUACCUCCCUUCUUUUCUUCACACUUUUUCUUCUUUUCAGCAGUUAAGGUUUCUAUCUUCAUGCUUGCUGUCGGUGGGAAUGCAGGGGGCUGUAGUGGGACUGUUCUGAGCCAUGCAACUUUGAUAUUACAACUGGAAACAAUAUGUUCCGCACCUCCUGAAAUAGCUCAGGUUAAGUCCCAACUUGUGUGCCUGCAGGUUUCCAUUCAGUGAUUUCUUCUGGCAUCAUAAAUGUUUCAACAGCAGCAACAGGCCCACAGUAAUGACCAGUUUUGUAGCAUUAUUUAGAGAAAAUAAGUUGCCAUACCGCCAUUGUUUGAAAUGUAUCGUGUCUUUAAUGUAAGAAAACAUGAUGGAGAUCUUUAUCAGGAUUUUGACUUGAUCUUUAUUAUUGUUGUUGUGCCAUGGAGACCACCCAAAAGGUAAAUGUCGGCUUCAAAUGAUCAACCAAAAGAAACUAUUUGAGAUUGGCUUAAAAUUAAUAAGCCACAUUAAAAAAAGAGCCAAUUUUUUUUCUCAAUGAGGUUCAACUGUAUAUUUCUUUCAUCUUGCUGUCUGACAUGUCUGUAAAUCGUUUUGCAUUUGGUGUAAUGCCUAUAGAAGCCUUUAAAUGUACGUAUACUACCCUGGUGGGUGGUAUGUAUAUAGUUCCCUUACUGUACAGUCUCCUCCAAACCAAAACCAGAGCAGUCUACUACACUCAUUCUACUUUGUGUUCGGUCCUAAACCGGGGCCAAGCUUGCUGGCUUUUCAUAGAUAACUCAAAGCUUCUAUUUUUGUUAAUAAAAUGAUUAUGAAAAAGAGAAAAUAAACACUUACUGAACAUUGAUCACACUAGACACUUUGUCACAACAUUUUUUUGUUGCAAUGCCUACUUGUUUUCCUUACUGUUCAUUACAAUUUCUGUCUCUGGGGUAUCUUUUUAUUUGUAAGAGUUGACAAAAGUUUUAUACUAUAUUUUCCUACAGAGUUGUGUUUCAGUGUGAGCUAAUGACUGUUUUUGUUAUUGUAGCUGGUAGGGCUUCAUUGGUGGUUAUGCAGAAAAUUGGCAUGUGUGCUCUGCUUUCCCUCUGGACUGGAAAGCACCUGAAUGCUCCUGUAUUCAAUCAAAUCACUGUAGCUGCAGCACUCUUUCAAAUCUGGCACCGGUGCUGGGGAGGAAGGGGGACUUAAGAGGAUCUACUGGUUUAAACUUCUGGCUGUGUGUAGCUUCGGUGACCUUUUAAUGUUAAUGCUUUCUCUCUGCUUUUUUUUUUUUUUGGGCAAGCCUGGUGCUCCCUAUUCUUCCCCAAAGCCAUGCAACAGAGAACACUGUAGCCUUGCGACUAGUACUGUAAAUAACCGGGUCAUGACGAGUAGCAUACUCUGCUCUUAACCAGCACUCAGGAAACUCCCACGUAGGCUGUAGAUCCUGUGAUAGGGCAUUAGCCUGUGCUUGAGGAAAGCACUCCCUGCUAUAAUAUGCUGUAUGUAACCGGGCCAGAUCCAAACAAACCACCAGAGAUCACUAGAUCAGAGAAACCAUGAUGUACUUGAAAAAAAUACUUCAGGACAUCAUUAGGUUCCCUUGUUCUUUUGAAUUAGCUGCAAAGCUUUUUCUUCUAACUAAUUCAGCACAAACCACCAUAAGCCCUCUUUUUUUAUUUUUAUUUUUUUUAUACAUAUAUAUAUAAAGGCUGCAGCCACAGCAUUGGUUUGACCAUUUAUGUUUGACUUGUGUGGGUCACUGGUCUCUGCUGUCGGCACAGUCGUCUACCGCGACUGUGCUUACUUACUUUGGGAAUUUAACUACGUUGAGUUUGAAGCCUUGUUUCAGCACUUUGUUUUUCCUGUACCUCAUAAGCCUCUAUGUAUGAAGAGUAAGUCAGAAAAAUAAUAAAUUCCUGGUUUAAGAUCAUA